CAAAAGUCUCUCCCCUUCCGACGGGGAACGCCGGCCGGGGCCGCGGCCGUUCCCGCUGUCCCGGUAACGCCGGCCCGUCCCCACGGCAACGCCGCCGGCCAUGGCGGGGCGCGGCGCGGCCGGCCCGGGGCGAGGGUCAGCUAAAGGGUAAAGAUACUGACUUGAAAGAAAAAGUGAUCUAUAUAAAGACAUAGUCACAUUUUAAGGGAGAGAUCACCUAUAUUUGUAGAAAACAUGGCUAAACAGGAAUACAGUUUUUCAAAAGAACCAGCACACGAGAAGAGCUAUCAGCGUGGGGAAGGUGCUGAGAUUCCUGGCCAGUCACAAAGCCUUCAUGAUUUGACAGAAAAGACUGCACGUGGGAAAGGGAAAGGUUCUCCAGUAGGAUCCACUGGCCAGAGUUUAAAACCAUGUAUGAAGUGGAAGAGCAGUGGGAUGUCUGCUUCCGAAAGUAAGCCCAAAUCCAGCAGUGACAAGGCUCCAAAAAAAGACACUGGAGAAGAAGGGAAAAGUAGUACUGUAGCUCCGACUACAAAAAGAAAAUCCAGUGGCAAAUCUAAAACAGUGAAAAUUCAAGAAACUUCAAAAUGUAAAGCAUCAAGCAUCCCUGAAGAUGUUGGUGAAAGUUCCUCAGAGACUGAGGAAGAUGAGCAGCCUGUCCGUUAUCAGGAAGGAAGCACCGAAUUGUCAGCAGAAUACUGGGGAAUUCAGAAACUCACAAAAUAUGUAAAAGGAGGUGAUCCAACAGCUACUGUAAUUGCACUGUGUUCAAUGAGAGAUUUAAAUCUGUCUCAAGAAGCAUGUCAGCUGGCCAUCAAAGACACUGGAUGUCUUGAAGUGUUAAUUAAUUUACUUGAUACAGAAGAAAUUAAAUGUCAGACUGGUUCAUUAAAAAUCCUGAAGGAAAUUAGUCAAAAUAUAUUUAUCAGACAUGCAAUUGCAGAUCUUGGAGGCUUAGAGAUCAUGGUGAAAAUAUUGGACUCUCCAGAUACCGAUCUAAAAUGUUUGGCAGCUGAAACAAUUGCCAAUGUUGCUAGAUUUAAACGAGCACGAAAGACAGUAAGGCAACAUGGAGGAAUCAAGAGAUUGGUUGAGCUGUUGGAAUCUAUUUCGGUGGGAUCAUCAUGCCAAGGCGAAGACGCUGAAGUAGCACGCUGUGGGGCUUUGGCACUCUGGAGCUGCAGCAAAAGCCUCAAAAACAAGAAAGCAAUCCUUAAAGCUGGUGGCAUUCCUUUGCUAGCUCGAUGGCUCGGAUGCUCACACGCAAACAUCUUAAUCCCAAUAGUAGGGACACUACAGGAAUGUGCCUCAGAUCCAAGUUACAGACUUGCAAUAAGGACAGAAGGCAUGAUUGAGAACCUAGUGAAAAAUCUGAGUAGUGAACACGAGGAGCUCCAGAUGCACUGUGCAAGUGCCAUAUUUAAGUGUGCAGAAGACGAAGAGAUACGUGACCUGGUUAGAAAACAUGAAGGUCUACAACCACUAUCUGAUCUGCUUGAUAACAGUGAAAACAAGCAACUUUUGGCAGCUGUGACAGGAGCAAUCUGGAAAUGUGCAAUCAGUAGAGAAAAUGUCUUAAAAUUUCAGGAAUAUAAAACCGUAGAAAGUUUGGUAACACUGCUCACUGAUCAGCCUGAAGAGGUCCUUAUAAAUGUCAUUGGAGCACUGGGAGAAUGUUGCCAGGAGCAAGAAAAUAGAGGCACUAUCCGCAGAUGUGGUGGAAUUGCACCUCUAGUGAAGUUACUGACUUCAACUAACCGUGCCCUGCUUGUGAAUGUCAACAAAGCAGUGGGAGGUUGUGCAAUGGAACCCGAAAAUAUGGCGAUAAUUGACAGUUUAGAUGGAGUUCGCUUGCUAUGGUCGUUGUUGAGAAAUCCUAACCCAGAUGUUCAAGCAAGUGCAGCUUGGGCUCUUUGUCCUUGUAUUGAAAAUGCCAAGAAUUCUGGGGAAAUGGUUCGAUCAUUUGUUGGCGGCUUGGAACUGAUAGUCAAUUUGCUAAAAUCAAAGGAUAAAGAAGUUUUAACAAGUGUAUGUGCAGCUAUUGCAAAUAUAGCUAAAGAUCAAGAAAGCUUAGCUGUUAUGACAGAUCAUGGAGUUGUCCCUCUGUUGUCCAAGCUAGCAAACACAAACAAUAACAAGUUAAGACGUCACUUAGCAGAGGCCAUUGCCCACUGUUGCAUGUGGGGCAGCAAUGGAGUUGCCUUUGGAGAGGCCAAGGCUGUGGCUCCUUUAGCACGUUACUUGAAGGCCAAGGAUCCAUUAGUUCAUAGAGCUACAGCUCUGGCUUUAUAUCAGCUUUCAGAGGAUCCCAACAACUGUGUCAUCAUGCACGAAAACGAAGUGGUGAAGCUCCUGCUGGCCAUGGUGGGCUCUACAGAUGACACUCUGCAGGAGGCAGCAGCUGGCUGCAUAGCAAACAUUCGCAGAUUGGCUCUGGCAACAGAAAAAGCAAAAUAUGGCUGAUGCUUCAGCAGCUUUUACCAACACACUUGUUUAGCAAUUCAGCUACAUUUAAAUACACAAUUACUCCUUCUAGCAUCUGUAUUUCAUAGCAGAGCUCAUCUAUCUGAAGAUAAUUUAAUAAAAACAAAUCUGUGGAAACUUACAUUUAAUUUUACAUUACUGGUUUGUCACCCCUAGAUUUGAUAUAACACUCACACCUAAUUUUCUGUGUCUUUUAGCAUUGUAUCCAUCAAAAGACCAUAAGUUAUGUCAAAGACAUUUUCUAAUUGAUCUGCUCUUAUUUUAAUUCAUUGUUGAUAUACAUGGUUUUGCUUAUCUGUGACAUUAGAAUAAAUUUUGCUUCUCUGUGUGUGUGGUUAUGCAGCAAUUUAUGAAUGUCUUGAACAAUUCCCUGCAUUAUAAUCUUGUCCAGUCAUCCUCUCAUUAUGCUUUUGCAUGUUUGAUCACUUGUGAGUCACAGGAGAGCAGAAAAUGCAGAUACAUGAAUCUCACAUCUGGCACUGUAUAAAGACUGCAAGCAGCUGUACCAAUAGAUAUCACUCCAAAUUUCCCAUUUCUACCAACAUCAAACAAAAUAGUGCUUAAUUUUAUAAGUAGAUGGUGAAAUGUGUUUUAAUUAACAUAUUAAAGUCAACUCUAAAUAAAGAGUUGGAUAUCAGAUUUACAUUUGCAUGUUAUCUUUUUGUGUUUUUAAAUUUUAAACUGAAGACAACUUUGUAUUGAUGUAGUUACUUUUUUCUCUAUAAAAUUAUGUUCAGAAUUACAGUUACUUUCAAAAAUGUUAGGAAAUUAUUAUUGAUAUUUAAAAUUAUAGACCCAUUGUACCAUGCUAAACAAAUAAUGCUAGGGCGUUUCUUUGAGAGCAGUAAUGUCUUAAUUACAAGCAUAAACUGCUGACAAAAAUGAAAAAAGCAAAUAUUUAAAUGACUUGCAUUUGUCACAGGCUCGCUUCUGAAUUAUUUUUUACUUCCCUUAAUAAUUAACAAUUUUCUUGGUUUAGAAGCAUUUUGUGAUUUCAUUAUUUUCCUCCAACUAGCAUGACUUCUCAAGGAAACACUUUCUAGCUGACAGAAGCUAUUGAAGAAGACAUAAUGCCAGUCCACCUUUUUAUUUGUGUUUUCUCUGAAGCAGACAUGAAGACUCAUUUUAAUUUUCAUUUUGGAACACUUGCACAGUUCUGAAAAAGGAGAAUUACACCGGGCCCUUAGGGAAGGUGUAGAGGCUAUUUUAAAGGAAGCCAGCUAUGGACAGAUGCUGACAACGUGGAAAUCAAAAUAUCAGUCCAAGUAGUAUUUUUUGAUCAGUGUAAACACCAACAUAGUCACAGGGUUCAUCACAAGCUCCAUCAGCAUCCAGUGACCACGUAAAUGCUAUUUUAGGUAUUUUUGAGCUCUGCCCCACAGGCCUGAUAUGUUAUUUUGAAUAAACGUGUCUAUAUUAUUAUACUGAUGUCUCAGCUGUAGUAGUAUCAUAUGCUUCAUUGCUAUACCCAAAAAUACUUCUAAAAUAAAUGCUAAUUGCCAAA